AUGUCUUUCAGAGAAAUUCGUUGCUUUACUGAGGCAAUGAAAGCACUCGGAUUUCCGAGACUAAUUUCUAUGGAGAGCUUUAGAACGCCAAAUUUUUAUUUGGUGGCUGAAAUACUUCGGUGGCUUGCGACGCGUUAUGAUUCAGAUGCCGAUUUACCAACCACCCUUGACACAGAGCAAGAUCGAGUUAUUUUCGUCAAAUCUGCUGCUCAUUUUAUAGCAACAAAAGCAGGGAUACGUCUUAAUACUAAAAAGCUUUAUCAAGCAGAUGGCUAUGCUAUUAAGGAGUUGAUGAAGAUUAGUAAUGUAUUAUAUUCCGCAACUCGUAAAGAGUCUUCAAAUAGAUCCGAAGAACUAUCGGAUCUAAAUGUAAACGAGCUUUUUGAUAUUUCUAAGGUAACUUGCUGGCAAGUGAAGCUCAGAUCCUAG